AUGAAACCGAUCAGGUCGCUGGGGAAUAGGACGGCAUGCAAGCGAUCAAAUGUGUCGUCGUUGGCGACGGGUCUGUCUUUUCUUAUUUUGUUUCUCCUUCCAAUUUUCACGGUUCACAUUUUUCUACCAACUUUCUGUGGAUCCCAGUGUUUGUGGCCAUCUCAUCGUUUGUUUGCUUCCAUAAUUACUUGUUGCCGUUGUUUUAGCGCAGUAGGUAAAACUUGUCUGUUGAUAAGUUAUACAACGAAUGCAUUUCCUGGUGAAUACAUUCCAACCGUGUUCGAUAAUUAUUCAGCAAAUGUUAUGGUUGAUGGUAAACCGAUAAAUCUUGGUUUAUGGGAUACAGCGGGUCAAGAAGAUUACGAUCGAUUACGACCGCUCAGCUAUCCUCAAACGGAUGUAUUCCUAAUAUGUUUUUCAUUAGUGAAUCCAGCAUCGUUCGAAAACGUACGAGCCAAGUGGUAUCCAGAAGUAUCACAUCAUUGUCCAAAUGCACCAAUUAUUUUGGUUGGCACAAAGUUAGAUUUGAGGGAGGAUAAUGACACUGUUGAGAAAUUAAAAGAGAGACGUUUAGCGCCGAUCAGCUAUUUGCAAGGACUGUCAAUGUCUAAAGAAAUAAAGGCAGUAAAAUAUCUGGAAUGUUCAGCACUUUCACAAAAAGGCUUGAAGCAAGUAUUUGACGAAGCAAUACGUGCCGUUCUCAUUCCACAACCAAAGCCGAAACGUCGAAGGAAAUGCACGAUACUUUAG